AUGUUUCCCAACUCAGUGACCCGAAUUUCUCUUCGAGCACCCAAAAACUUGCUGAUCCCAGCUAGGUAUCUGUCGAACACAACCCAACUUCGACAAACAAGCUCGACAAACGAUAAAAAUGGCGCCAAAAAGGACUCGAAGAUGACAAACUUCAACCCUAGACACCUUGGUAUUUCCGCAGAGGUUUACAUUCCACCCUCGUACGGAAAUUUGCCAAGUUUUUUCAAGCAUCCGAUAGUGUUCAGUAAUGCACUCAUCAGACGUAUUUACACAUUCGGACUAAAUACCGUGCAGGUGGCAUUGUUUCGGUACCAGUCUGGUUUGAAGCCCAAUUUUCUUCUUUGGAAAAAUAAUGCAAUCGAGACUUACGUGCAAGUGAACAAAGCCUUCGCUGCGCGGAAUCUGGGCUCUGUGAAGCCGCAGGUUUCACUGUGGGUCGACGAAGCGCUUACCGCACGCGCCAAGCAGCUCCCAAAAAACUUUGAAUUGGAUUGGCAGCUCUUGAAAUUUCGCAAUGUGCCCAAACUGGUUUCUGUUCAAGUCAUGAUGGUACCGGGACAUCCUUUGGAACACAUCCAACUAAUUUACAAAUUCGAAACAAAUCAACGCUUGAUAAAGUUGAACAAGACUACGCAUCAAACCGAACGGCUCGAUCGCGAUGUGACCGAUUACGUGGCCUUCCUAUGCGAUGCCUCGAGCGAUGAACUCACUUUAAUGGGAUCGGUCUUUGAAAGUGACCCUAGUGCCAAACUUCCCAAAAACUAUGAGGAAAAUAUGCAAACUGCCAUUCAACGAAUGAAAACCAGCGGCGACAUCUACCGCAUAAAUAGCAAGUAA